UCGUUUAACUGGCAUUCGUCUUACGUCGCGCGUCCUGUACGGUYGUCGUUUCGUGUGCAUUCCGUCCGUCCGUAAGACCGYAGACCUAUUUCUCAGUGUUUAUUAUUUUUCGUCCGUAUUUUGCAUAGUUUUAUYAAAAAUUGCGUACGUGUUUAUUUACCGUUUGCUAUACUCGUCCGGCAAUAUCCGCAGUGCGAGUGUCGCCGUCACGAACCAUCACUUCACCGUCGGGUGAAAAACUUCAAAUAUCCGACGAUCGUCGAGUGCGCGCUGUGUUUUUUGCGCCUGGGCCCAAUAACAUCCAUCUCGCCCAGAAAAUAUAAUCUACCGCAGUCGACUACCAUCGACUACACCUGAGGCCAGCACAUUUUUUCGUCGUCAUCGUCUCUCUGCAGUCAUGGACGCCCCUCCACACAUGGGUAAUUUCGAUUUCAUAUUAGACCACCACCAUCACCAUCACCACAGUCGCGCUCUCGAGUCGUCCGUGUCGCCGCCAGCCCCCGUGGUCAUGCAACAGCAACAACAGCAACAACAACAGCAACCACAGCAACAGCCACAGCAGCAGCUGCCGGGCAAGGCCGAUCACAUCAAGCGGCCAAUGAACGCGUUUAUGGUUUGGGCAAAAAUUCAGCGCCGGCUCAUUGCCCACGACAACCCGAAAAUGCACAACUCUGAGAUCAGCAAGCGCCUGGGCGCCGAGUGGAAGUUGCUCAACGAGUCCGAAAAGCGGCCGUACAUCGACGAGGCUAAGCGGCUGCGGGCGCUGCACAUGAAGGAGCAUCCAGACUACAAGUACCGGCCCCGUCGCAAGCCCAAGAUCCARUUGCAUAACAAUAAUAACAACAACAACAACAUCAACGGAGCUCACAACAACAACGGUGGCAUGCUACACGGGUCCGCAGGAAACAACAACUURCACCAUCACCAUAGCUCACACCACAAGCAGGCAAACUUUCAUACAUUUCCAGUAGUGACCAGUGGUGGGCCAGGAGCUGCUUCAAAUUUCAACUUUCCGAUGCCUUACUUCUCUGCUAGCCACCCGGGCCUACACUCGUUCGACGGUUACUCUUCGGCAGGACUCGUCAACCCGUACCUGACCACAACCAUGCCUUCGUUCGAUCCUAUUCACCUGACCAAGCUCGUGGCCCAACAGGCACAAGUCGUGGCACAAUCGGGCGGUGGAGGUUCUCCAUCACCGUCGUCGCAGAUGGCCGGCACGCCGCCGCCCACCGACAUCAACGUGGUGAGCGGGCUUCAGCAACCACUGCAACCGCACUUGCACCCGCAGCAACAGCAGCAACAUCACUUGCAGUCGCCCCACAACAAGAACGGCGGCGCGGCAGUGGUCAGUUCGUUCUAUAAUCAGUUCUAUCCGCCAGGAGCAGGUGCAGGCAAGGCAGGACCGUACCCGCACCAUCCAAUGAGCAUUUUCCCAUCGCCGUUCUCGUUCUACAACAACGGCGGCGGUGCGGGCUCUGUGGACGACCACCACGGCCAGCAGCAUCACCAUAGCCAGUCGGCGGCCGCGGCCGCUUUCGCCGUCCAGCAGCACCACCACCAACAGUUGCAGCUGCAACAGUUGCAGCAGCAACACCAACAGCAUCUGCAGCAGCAACAACAACAGCAUCAACAACAGCAGCAGCAACAGGAGAGACCCGGUUCCACGUCGUCCGACAUGGAAAACGAUCCGACCAGACAAGUUCCUAACGCCUCCAACAUACAUUGAAAAGUUUCGCACCGCUCGCCAUUUCCUCCGCACUACCAACACUUGUGUCGGUUUUUUGGUAUAUUUUUUUAAUUUUUUUUUUUUUAUACCUACGAUUUCGUCGAUGCCGACGACUGAUUUAAUUAUUACUUAAAUUAUGCUCCUUUUUUUUAAUUUUUUUUUUUUUGGCGUAACGUACACGUUACAAUAUUUAUCACCACCACCCCGCGUGGUGGUAGUUACCCACUCACAAAACCCCCUCCCCACCCCCUUUGCUGCCGACACCAAACUGGAAUUUGGUAAUAUAUUUUUUGAUCUUUUUUUUUUCUCGUGUCGUCGUCGACUGUUUUUCUCCUAUAGUGUGUGUGUACAUACUAUACUUUUUAUCACCGUUGCCAACGUGUGUAAAUCAGUUGUUUUUCAAUAACCGUCGACAAUAGAGUGUGUGCCGUUUGCAUCGUUUCCGUUACAACCACCUGCGAUUCUGAACUAUAUUUAUGAUGUUAAUAUUAUUAUUCUCUUUGCGACGAUAUAAUGCGAACUUAUUUAAAUAUUAAUAAACCGUCGGUUAAGUAUACCUACGCCAAUCUGGUUUGAUAAUAAUUAUUAAGAAUAAAAUUAACUAUAAUAUGAUUUGUGUUUUGGCGCCGGCCCGCCAACCCUCCUCCCYUUCCCCCUCUCCAGCAUUCCCCUUUGUGUUCGCCAAAAGCGACUUUUUGAAUAUCAAAUUCUGAUCUGAAUUCGUGGAAAAUGACUUUGGUCCCGAUUCAGCUUCUACUCAAUGUAAAACGAUUUAAAAAUUUAAAUGUUGAUAUUCCAUAUUUGCUUAAAUAUUUGUUUAUUCGUCUCAUUUAUGAUUUAUAAAACAUGGACUGUGCGCGUGUGUCGGUGUAACAGCCGCACACUUUUUUUCGCUUGUCGAUUUAUGAUUUAUGAUUUUUUUUUUAUUAUUAUUAUUAUUAUUCAUAAUAUAAUAAUAAUUG